AUGGCCGAGCCCAACUAUGCAUACAACCCGGCCGUGGCCAGCUGGGUGCAGUCCAUGUCGCUGGCCGGCAUUGAGGAGCAGCACCUGGACCAGCCGCCGCCGCACCAGGACCAGGACCAGGACCAGGAGCAGCACCAGCACCAGCAGCAACAACAACAACAGCAGCAGCAGCAACAACAACAACAACAACAACAACAACAGCAGCAGCAGCAGCAGGAGCAGCACCAUUACCAGCACCACCACCAGCAACAACAACAGCAACAACAACAACAGCAGCAGGAGCAGCACCACCACCACCACCUCCACUACCACCACCACCACCGCCGUGCCGACGACGCGCCAGACAGCCCCUCCCCCGAUGACUACUACAAGUCUGCCUACACGCCCAUGACCGAGCACGAAGCCGCCACCGCGCCCCCCAUACCUGUGCCGCCCCUCGACAUGCACGUCGCCCGCCAGCGCCAGAACAUCGCGAGCUCCACCAACAUACGCUCGCCCCCGAGAGCCACCGCCCGCUCCGUCUCUGGCCCCGCCUCCUCGGUCGCCUCCUCACGCUCGCCCCCACAGGCGUCGAACAAAGUAAAGGCCCUCGCCGAACGAUUCGAGCGCUCGCCGGGCGGCGAUGUCAUCCCCUCUGUCAUACGCGCGCGGUCGAGGGAGCCCACGCGAGCUGGAGCACACGACCCCGUCAAGCGUCACGUCGCCCCAACGUCCUCGCCUGCGUCUGCGUCGGCGUCGGCGUCAGCGUCGCGCAACUCCAAGGAAGCCACCUAUGGAUCAUACAAGUUCAACAACCUCAAGCCACGCGAACGAACGCAACCCGCACCUACGUCACCUCCACGAACAGCACGACGCGCAACAAACGCAAGCCAUGCAAGCAGAAGCAGCAUCGACCAGACCCUUUCGCCGACACGACACUCGGUCACCUCGCCAUCACAGCAGUCAAUCUCUUCGCCGAAUCGACGGCCUGGCCUCCAACGCGCGUCUUCGAGCGCGCGACAGCUCUUUGGGGAAAUCGUAGGUGGGCAGGACGCGACCUUGCCAGGAUACAUGAUUCCAACGUUCGCGAGCGCAGCCCGCGAAGAAGCCGCACAAGCCGCACAGAUCCCUCUGCCCCCGGCCAACGACGCUCAAGACACACAGGUUGACGAGACCCAACUCCCUGCAACCACCUUUGCCUCGCCACAGCACCAGCGCUCACAGAGCAAUGCCACGACAACCUCUACCAGACAACGACAGUCACGACCCCCCUCGCGGUCUCUACAGUCCCCACCGCGCCAAUCUCCACCUUCUCGAAUACCAGUCAUGUCGCAGCGCUCACGGCGGUCGAGCAACGCGUCAGAGGCCAGCUCUACAGCCCAGUCAGUCAAGUACACACCCACUCGCAGCAACCGAUCCUCCCCGAACCGCAACAUGAGCAGAAACCCAGUGGGAGGUACCACACCCGUAAAGACCAACGGUGCGGAUCAUGCUACGCUACCUGCGUUAGCCUACCGUGGAUAUCGAGAACGAGGGAAAUCUCCCGCAAGGACCGGGCCCAGCGUACCAGCAGUCGUGACUGCCCCACCUCCACCGCCCUCCCCACGAUUGCGUAAUUCAAGAGAACGACAACCGUUGCAGUCUCCGAAUGCGCAACCCGAUUCGCAUGGCGAACGUGAGUACUUUUCACUGGCCGACCACCUUCACCCGAAACCAGACCCUUUGGCGAGCCAACUGGGACUGUUGGAUAGUGAAAGUGAAUCUCAGACCCUGAAUUUCUCUUUCUCGCCAAGCGUGCUUUUUCCGCAUGAGCAAGACACCGAACCGCUUCCAACUCAGCAUCCACAGGAGGACACCCAGUCCUUAUCUCCAAGGCGCCAGCAGUCGCUGAGUUUGCAAACUUCUAGCCUGGGUAUACCGCCACCUACGCAGCCGUGGUCUGCGGUGACAGAUUUCGACGAGUCUCCAACACUGGGCAUUCCUGGCAGCUUCGUUUUGACCCCUCCGGUAGCUCCGCAAGAGUCGCAAGAGUCGCAAGAAGCGCAGACGCAGCAGACUACGUGUGAACCUGAACUGGAGCCUAAGCAGGAGUAUACGCGAGAAUCUCAACACGAACAGGAGCUACUCCGACCAGCUGUAUUCCGUGCACUUGGUAGCGAGCAAGCCCCCGAAUUACCCCCAGUCGAAGAGUCGAUACUGGGCGUCAGAGAAUCGAUACCGAUCAUGUUCAACAAUGAGCAUCUGCCCGCCGAUCUAAACGGCGCUCCAAAGCCACAGGAAGAAAACACGCAGCCUCCCCCUCCCCCCAGACGUUCGGUGCAGGUGUAUGGGCAUGAGACUCUACUACCUGCACUUCAUUUCAAGGGAGAGGACUUGCCCACAGAUUCCUUUUAUAACCGCGACUCGCUGCACCCAGAUGACUCGAUCAGCGUCGCCCCGUACCGAUCAGCUAGACCCUCACAUGCUAAAAGCGAUAUGUACAGCGUUAUCAAUUCCGUGCUGAAUCUUUAUCACCAGUCGCCAGUCAUCUCGCCAGAAUUAGCUUCUCUUUCAAGACAAAGAGUUCAGCAGGUCUCGCCCAUAAUAGCGCAGCAUCCGGAUUGGGCAUCGAAAGAGGUCACAGAAACCUACCUAGCACAGAUCUUAAGUGACGCCAACGAAUCAGAUCAGGGAAACGCCAACGAAACUCCUCGCGAGAAACAAUCUUUGCCACUUCUCACGCCAAACGUAUAUCAAGCGAGCAAACCCUCGCCAGAUCCUGCCAACCAGAUACCGGCUUUCGUCUUCCCUCCCGAGUCACACCGCUACUCUCGUGGCUCUCAAGGGUCGGCAACCACACUCAUACAGGAAGAUGCAUCCCCGUCAGGCAGCUCCUUCGGCAAUCCGUCUCAGGAAACCUUGUUACCAAAUACAGCGUACAACAAUGCGUCACCUUCGACAAACGGGCUUGAUUUGCCGCAGCUUGCAUGGACCAAUGGAGGUCUUGGCCUUUCCAUGAACAACUAUAUGCCUCCUUCACCUACAGUCCCCUCACCGACGGCUCAGCAUCCUCCACGGCCCGUGUACUCGCCGCCGCCGCCACCUCCGCCUCCCAAGUCUAUUGAUGAGCUGUCACCGAUUUCGCCUUCCUUCCCCUCAUAUACUUUUUCAGCGCACGCUCGGCCGUCCCCUGCAUUGCAGACCGACGAGCGUUUUGAGCUACAUCCUGCGCGUGCGCACACGCCCGUUGGUCAUACGCACGACAGACAUUACGAUGGUCCCUAUAGCGCAUCAGAUUCGGUAGAGAUUAGUGACAAACCACUACCUGAGAUUGACAUGCCGGAACAAAAAACACCGGCAGCGCCUGGAGACACUCCCCCAGACCCAGCAAAGCAAGCGUUGAACAAGCGCUAUCGGAUUCUCGAGGAGAUGCUGACAACAGAGCAUCAAUUCUGUAUAGACAUGAUGAUCGCUCACAACAUCUUCGAGGCGACGGCUGGCAGUAUCAUGACAGAAAAAGAAAAGCGUGCGCUGUUCAGUAAUUGCAAAGACCUGGAGAAGUUCUCACUUUCGCUAUUUCGAGCGUUCAAGAAAGCGGCAAAACCCAUUGUCAACCAUGACAUGCCUCCACCGACAGGUCCCUGGAGCCGCGAUUCAACCGACUCCAAAUCUUUCGGCUCUGCAGAGUUGCCAGCAAACCUUCGGUCCGACGAGUUCAACCAGUUCGAGAACUGCACGCUAGAGAACGAUCAUCAAACCUCGAUCGGCCGAGUCUUUCUCGACAAUCUGGAGAAAAUGGAACGACUGUAUACGACCUACUACCUCAAUUCGCAGAACCAACACGCGUACAUCAAGAAGAACCAGAGUAACCCGGAACUCACCGGGUGGGUCGUUGCGUGUUUUGAACAAGUUGAGAAUAUGACACAGGCCUGGGAUCUUGACUCUUUACUUGUAAAGCCAGCACAGCGCUUGUUGAAGUACCCGUUACUUCUCGAAUCCCUCGAGCAAGUCACCGAUGCGGACCACCCUGAUCUGGCGAACAUCAACAAGGCCCGCCUCGACCUUCUUGCCAUCAGUGGACGUAUCAAUGACGCAAAGAAGCGCGCGGAUACCUUCCGGGCUGCGACUUCAGAAGGCAAGAAAGAGAAGAGCAAAGGGAAAGGGCUUGGGAACGCUUUCGUAAAAGCUUUCAUCCCCAAGGCAGACAAGACGAAGACGUAUGACGAAGCUGAGAAGAUGUUCAAGGACCAAGACUACAAGUCUAAAGAACAAAAGUUUGGUGGUCACUUCUUCCAGCUCCAAAUUGUCAUGCGUGACUUUGAGAACUACCUCGAGUCAAUCACUGAGCAUUAUCUACAGCUCAACAUCGUCUUCCUAGGAUUCAUUACUGUCUGCGAGGUCGCUCCCUCGGUCAACCCGGAGAUUGAAAGCACAUGGCGAAAGUGGGCUAUGGCUCAUUUUGAGCUCCAGAACAAAGCUCUUGAAGAACACGUGGGUAUCCGGAAAUGUACUUCAAAUGGCUGUACUGACUUGAACUUAGAAAGCCGCUGUCCGCGGUCGUGUGCUGAAGCCAAUCUCAGAUCUCUGGGAGAUGUGGGUAUCUUACCAGAAGACUAUAGAACAGCGCAAGAAGUUCUUACUCUAUUACGUCAAGCACAAACAGGCUGUUGAUCGUGGCGAGAAACCCGACCCGGAGAUCGUGUCAUCGGCGGAGAAGUUCACAACAAUCAACGACACACUGAAACUCGAGCUGCCCAUACUCUACGAAAAGACAAAGGGUGUCAUGCGAAAUGUGAUGACUCUGUUCAUGGCCCUACAGAAAGACUGGUACAAGACUUGCUCGAAGAAGAUCCUCCCGCUGUUGGACACCGAACCACAGCACACCACUUCGAUAGACUACGAUCUGAAGUCAUACACGGAGCGCUUCAAGUCCGACUAUAACGUGCAAGAGCAGAGGGCGAAGAGCUUUGGCAUUACGAACAGUCACAUGCUGCUGAAGGAGAUUUCAAGCAUGACAUCACCCGUGCCGUCUGAUGGCGCGGGCUCGGGACGCAACUCUUCGUCUCGGCGCACUGAAUCCAUGAGCAGUGACGUAUCUGCUUUUGAUUCACGGAAUCGCAACAGUGGCGGUUAUGGUACACGAUCUAACAUGCGCUCCAUGGACGGACCCCCACGUUCCUCGCCUGCAGGUCCAGCCUAUCCAUCUCUCUAUCAGAACACAAAUUCCUCGGCUCGCAACAACUUGGCUCCCACGACCAGCCGUGAAGCUCGAGCGCUCAGCGCAGUCUCCGAUAACAGCGAAGCAACCAUCAUUCAACAGGAGCGUCGCAAUUCGGCUCGUUCGAGAAACCACAAUUACCUAGGCAUGGAUGGCGUCGUCGACUUUGACGAUCGCUCUUCCUUUACUGCGAGUGUUUUUGAUUUCCCACCGCAACUUGGCGCUUCUUUCCUCUCGCCUACACAAUCGAGCAUGCUCACCAUGUCCGCGCCGAACUCUCAACCUCCUUCCUUACCAGGCUCGACUCGCCAGUCCGGUGUCUUCAACUCAGCUCUGCCGAUGUCUGAAACUCCUAUGCGCGGUAGUGCUGAAGAGCUCCCCAUCACCCCUGGCGACACCGACGAGCCUGAGGUUCUCUUCCUGGCUGCAAGUCUCUUCGAGUUUAACAUUGCACACGACCGUCGCGAAGGCGGAAUUCCGUAUCUUGUCUACGUUCCCGGCGAGAUUUUCGAUGUCAUCGGUAUGAAAGGCGAGUUGUGGCUGGCACGCAACCAAGAUGAUUCGAAAAAAACGGUUGGCUGGAUUUGGGAGAAGCAUUUUGCGCGUAUACUUCCUGAAGACGCGUGA